GUUCCAGAAACAUCCUCCUCGCCAUUCCCAAGCUCCGCUCCUCUCCCGGCACUGACUCGAUUGCUGCUGCCUCAGAUCCAGCGCCGCCACCGCCGCAAGGAAGGAUGCCGCCGCAGCCGCAGCCGGCGACGGCGAACGGGGGGAAGGUCACGCCCAACCUGGCGAUGGACGCCGAGGGCACGCGGCUGCUCAACCUCACCGUGCUGCAGCGCCUCGACCCCGCCGUCGAGGACAUCCUCAUCACCGCCGCCCACGUCACCCUCUACGACUUCAACAUCGACCUCAACCAGUGGAGCCGCAAGGAUGUGGAGGGGUCACUGUUCGUUGUGAAGAGGAGCUCCCAGCCGAGGUUUCAGUUCAUCGUCAUGAACAGGCGUAACACGGAUAAUCUAGUGGAGGAUCUAUUAAGUGAUUUUGAAUAUGAACUUCAACCUCCAUAUUUGUUGUACCGUAAUGCUGCACAAGAAGUAAAUGGUAUUUGGUUCUACAAUCAACAUGACUGUGAAGCUGUUGCAAGUCUUUUCGGAAGAAUACUGAAUGCUUAUGCUAAAGUGCCUCCAAAACCCAAAGUGCCUUCCAACAAAAGUGAGUUUGAGGAGCUGGAGGCUGUGCCUACGUCUGCUGCCAUAGAUGGUCCCCUUGAACCUUCGCCAGCAACCACCACUUUAGUUUCUGAUGCUCCUAAUGAAUCCCUGGUUACUUACUUCACUAGCGCUGCUAGCAUUGCGAGUGUAUCAAAUGCACCAAUGGCUGGAAGGGCACAUCCAUCCUCUGAGAGUGUUGCCUCUUCCCAUGUGCCUUUGAUCAUUCCAUCUGCUGCUCCAACACACCAAAUACCCCCUCCUUUAGUGGGUUCAUCAGCUUCACCACUUCCCCUCCAUGACACUAAUGUUCAUACUGCCCAUGCAGCCAGUCUUGUAACACCAGCAUUUUUUACACCCCAGUCGUCUUCUUCUACAUCAGUGGUGCCUCCAGCUUCAUCUAUGAUGCCAACAGCACCACCUCUUCAUCCAACUUCUGCAACUGCUCAACGAGGGCAAUAUGGCACCCCCCUACUCCAACCAUUUCCACCACCAGCUCCACCUCCAUCUCUUACCCCUUCAUACAACGAUGGUCCUAUUAUUUCGCGAGAUAAAAUUAAGGAAGCCCUCCUGAGACUUGUUCAGAAUGACCAGUUUAUCGAUUUAGUCUAUCGGGAGUUGCAGAAUGCACAUAUGUAGACUGAUUAUUUAAGCCGUAUGGAGUUGUUUCUGUGACAAGAGUGCUUGUGUUAUUUGUGAGUUCUUUUUGUAUGCUUUAGUGCUGGAACCUCUGUAUAGCUGUUUCAUUGUGGUUAUGUAGAGUCCCUAUAGCAGUGGUUGGCAGUACUUAUCAUAUUCCUUAUUUCACGUACUGUCAAUGUCAUAGUAUAUUUAUGUAACAAAAGAAAUGGAAGUAAAACAGGACUUGUGUAUGGGUGCCAAGAGUAUCAUCUUUUUUCGUGUGAUUGACUGAGCUAUUUACCACCACGGUAUCAGGCUUUUCAUAGAGGUAUUUGCAUUGCUA